UUCUUUAGCGUCAUUGGUUGAGGACGAGCGCAGGCUGGAGCAGGUUAGUGUACUGUAUCACCGAGCUGUGAAGCGAACAUCCGCAAAUCUGUUGUAGAUCUUACAAGCAAAAGGAUCCUGUCUAGUUUGAGUUCCUCUUGUUAGUCGUUCAGAAAGCACGGGAGAAGAUGCUGUCAUGCACGGAGAUGAUCACAAUGUGUCUUCAGUCAGCGAAGAGAGAAUAUCUCCGCUCUGAUCAUGAACAGCUGCAGCAGCACAAACACGGACUUAACACGUUUCACGACAUUUUCCGCCGUGCAGACAAAAACGAUGAUGGUAAGCUCUCCUUUGAGGAAUUCAAGGCUUACUUUUCUGAUGGGAUUCUAACGACUGAAGAGCUUCAGGAGCUGUUCUACUCAAUCGAUGGGCGGCAGACCAAUAACCUUGACACCGACAAGUUAUCAGAUUAUUUUUCUCAACAUCUUGGGGAGUAUCUAAAUGUCCUCUCAGCUCUAGAGAAGCUCAACGUUGCCAUCCUGAAAGCAAUGGACAAGACUAAAGAGGAGUAUCAGGGCUCGUCCGUGUUGGGGCAGUUUGUGACACGCUUUAUGUUGAGGGAGACGUCCAGUCAGCUGCUCUCUCUUCAGAUGUCUCUGCAGUGUGCCAUGGAGGCGGUGGAGGAGCAGAGCAGCCCUGCACCAGUUGAGGUGAAGGUGCCAGAGCAUCUCUCCCUACAGAAGAAUAACAGGAGGUGUGGCCGCAGAGUGCAGAAAAAUAUGUGCCUCUCUCCUACAGACCCAUAUUCUGGCAUCCUUACCACAGGUGUUACUGUGGAUACAGAUGACCACUGGUCCUCUCAGAUAAAUAGACUGCAACAGCUCAUUGACAAACUGGAGUGCCAGAGUCCAAAGUUGGAGCCGCUGAAAGAGGACCCGCUGGCCAGCACAUAUAAAUCAAACAUUCUGUUGGUGCAGAGGCAGAUGGCAGUGACAGAGGACAAUCUUGAGGAGUUUCAAAAGGCCCUGAAGAGCUACGCCGACUCCACCACCAACCAAAGUGACAACCUACAUGUGUCCAUCCAGAAGCUGCCUGAGAAGAGCUGCUACAUAAUAUAUGAGUUCUGGCAAGAUCGUAUAGCCUGGAUGAGUUAUCUGCAGUCUGAGGCAAGUAAAACUUUUCAGCGCUCUAUCAUAGAUAUGCUGGAGGAUCCUGAACUCGUCUCCACCAUGCUUUUGCCUGCAUCCUGGUGGAUUAUGACAAACAAUUAACCUCCAAAAUAUGCAGUAUGAAGACAGUAAACAAGAAAAAAAAACUGAAAAGAAAAAGAAAAAACGAGUAUAGAAUCUCAAAAUGACCCUGUGUGUAUGUGUCUUGCUGCUCCCUAGCUCAGACAAAAACAUUGUCUUCCUUCCACCUCACGGCUUCUUUUGUGUUCCUUUAUCAUUCCAAUCUGUAUGAAAAUGAUCAAACAAACCCAGGCAUGGUUCUAAUCUCUCUAGCAUGUAUAGAAAAUCAAAGUGACUUUUGCUUUAUGCAGAGGCUGUUGCCAGAUCUUUGAGAGCUUACAUGGCUUUGAGGUGGAAUCUUUGUACAGAUUAAGAAGGGCACUACUUUUUUCGCAUUUAAAACAAAUAUAUGUGUAAAUGGAAAGAAGCAGGUCACUAUUUGCUUUCACAACUUUAGAAUCAAUGUUUACUUUCUUGGAUACCAUAAAACAAAAAUAGCUGUUUGAGAUUGCAUGCUUAUGUGGUUGACUUAAACCAUUGUCCAUGCUUGCUUAAGGAUUUUUAAAGAUAAAACUGAACUGUGUGAUUGUGUGAAUAGAGUAGCCCAUAUUUGGAACUUGGCUGUUCUGCCUUGUUUUGCUCAGUCAUUACGCAAGUUCUACAAAUAAGAUAAGCUCUUAUUUUAAGUAUUUUUAGUAAGUAUUUUGGUUAAAGUAGUAUUCUCAUUUAACGGAGUCUAUUUUCUUUAUAUGUUUGAUGAAUAAGCAACUCUAUAUGUUGAUGUAGACUGUAUGUUAAGUGCUUGACCUAAGGUUGCUUGGAUUUAUUUAUUUAUUAAUUAGUAAUAUCUAUUGUAUUUAAGCAUAUGCACAACAAUAAAACUAAAAACAUG